AUGGCAUCCCACAAUUUACUUUUCUUCGGAAUCUUGAUUGCAAUUUGUUCAGUUGUUUUGGCAUCUGACUCCAGCCCUCUUCAAGAUUUUUGUGUUGCUGACCCCAAUGGCCCAGUGCUGGUAAACGGGCAUGCAUGCAAGGAUCCAAAACUUGUACAGGCAAAUGAUUUCUUCUUAAGUGGACUUCACUUACCAGGCGACACGUCAAAUGCAGUAGGAUCAAAAGUGACUCCUGCAACUGUGGCUCAAAUUCCAGGACUCAACACUCUUGGAAUUUCCUUAGUGCGCGUAGACUAUGCGCCAUGGGGCAUUAACCCUCCUCACACGCACCCUCGAGCAACUGAAAUUUUGACAGUAAUUGAAGGCACUCUUGAAGUGGGAUUUGUCACUUCCAACCCUGAAAAUCGACUCAUCACGAAAAAGCUUGUGAAGGGUGAUGUUUUUGUUUUCCCAGUAGGACUUGUCCAUUUCCAACGUAAUGUUGGAUACACAAAUGCUGUUGCCAUUGCCGCUCUUAGCAGCCAAAAUCCUGGUCUCUUUCUGUCUUCUGCUAGGCUUUUAGAUGGACUUGUUUACGAAUCUCUUGCAUUUGUCCCACUGGCUGUUGAAGGGCUCUUGAUUGCAACUUGCUCAGUUUCCAUAGCUUCCGACUCGAGUCCUCUUCAGGAUUUCUGUGUUUCUUAUCCCUACGGCCCAGGUUCUUGGAUGAAGGUUUUAGGUAUUCAAAUAAUGGAAGGCUUGAUUAAUUUUGCAUCAAGUGAAGAUGUAUUGGUGAAUGGCCAGGCGUGCAAGGAUCCGAAACUUGCACAAGCAAAUGAUUUCUUCUUCAGUGGACUUCACUUACCCAGGGACACAUCAAACCCUGUAGGAUCAAAAGUAACUCCAGUAAAUAUUGCUCAAAUUCCAGGACUCAACACUCUUGGAAUCUCCAUGGCGCGUAUAGACUAUGCACCAUCAGGCAUCAACCCUCCCCACACGCACCCUCGAGCAACUGAAAUUCUGACAGUAAUUGAAGGGCGUCUGGAAGUGGGAUUUGUCGCCUCUAAUCCUGAAAACAAGCUUUUCACAAAAGUACUAAAAGAGGGUGAUAUUUUUGUUUUUCCAGAAGGUCUUGUCCACUUUCAACGUAAUAAUGUACAUGGCAAUGCAGUCGCUAUUGCAGCUCUUAGCAGCCAAAACCCUGGCGUUAUUACAGUUGCAAAUGCUGUCUUUGGAUCAAAUCCAGCCAUUCCUAACGAUCUUCUUGCAAAGUCAUUCCAAGUGGAUAACAAGACUAUUGAUGUGAUUCAGGCCAAGUUUUAG